AUGGCGCUUCCACCCGAGCAGAUCAACAUUAAGCGGCGUCGAGAGGAAGAACCCGUUGAAACACUCUACAUCCAAUCUGCAUUACACCAGACUAAGCGGCGCUUCACUGACUUUGUCUUCCAACGUGUGACUGUUCGCAGUGAUGGAACUCCUGUUAACGAGGAUAGCGGGCCUCUCCAGCCAACUCCCCAAAGAGUGCUACGCACUCCAAGGUCUGUGAGCAGUCUGCACAUUCCUAACCCUCGUGCAGCGGCGGCACAGGCUGCUUCAUCAUCAGGGGUUCCCCGGGUCCGGGCGACUUCACCUGGUGCAGAGAUUCGCGAAGCCCAGCGUGUUGCGGCUGCUCGCAAGGAUGCCGAGGAAAAGCGAAAGCGUGCUCUGUACGGCCCACUCACCCCGCAACCUGCCUCGCCAUCAUUGACUCCCGUCGGGGAUUUCUCUGAAGCAGGGAAAACCGUCUCUGACUCCGCAUCUGUGGCAUCUGCGGUAUCUGCGGCAUCUUCUCAAAGCCGAGUGCACGCAGUGCGUCGUUUCCAGAUCUCGAGGUCCAGUGCCCCCUCGCCUUUGAGCUCUCUUCGUAGUGGAAUCCAGAAGCGCCGACCUGAUGGGACUGUCCCGGGAGUUGCAGUUCUGGUUGAGCAACUUCAACGCAGACCGCAUUCUCGACAAGCUUCUUUGAUUGACGACCUAGUUGCUCAAGCUGAGAGUAACAGCCGACCAAGCAGCAGACAAAGCAGCAGCUUGGGUACUUCUGUUCAAGUUGCACCUCAGCCGAAGCCCAGGAAGCGCCCAGUUGUCAAUCAAGCAGAGAAGAAAUGGAGAGAGGAACGCCAGGGAACGAUUUCUGCUGCGAAACAGCAUCUUUCUGACACAUUAGAGAAGUCUGCUCAGACACAUCAAAGUACCUGGGAUGAAGAGUCAGAACGUCUGGCAGAGGAGUUUGAACGCAUUGCAUUUGAGAUUGAGCGUGAUAUGGAGCGGGAUGAAAACCAGGAUGAGCGUUUUGCCCCUCCUGCAUCUCGACCUCAAAUACCCAUCAGGUCGCCCCAGCCGUUAAAACACCAGCCGCGACCUCCUAAACAGCCCAGAGUGGUACAGUCCCAGCAACCUGUAGCUGCCGCGCCAGCACAAGAUGCAAUGAAUGUGGCAGACGAUGAUGACAAUGACUACGUUUAUGAUGUUUAUAUUCGUCGUCCGCUAGGUGAAAGCGAUAUGCUUUCUAACCCCUUGGCUGAAGCAGAGUCCGACCAGCUCAAGCGCAUGGAGGCCUCUACUUCAGGCAUUGGUGUCAUCGUUAUCACAGCUGAGGAUGAAGAGUACUGGGAGCAUUUCGUGGAAGACGAUGAAGAGGAAUGGGAUAGCGAGGAUGCUGAUUCUAAUGCUGAGAAUAAUCCGGCCAAUGACUACCCCGAGGAGGAGCUUUCAGCCUCUGACGAAGAGGAUGAUCCUACUGCAAUCUACAGAAAAUACCGUUACCGUGCGGCUUCUGACGAUGAAGAGUUCGAUUUUGAUGCUUCCGGGAGCGAGAGUGGUAACCCAUACGGGUCUAAGUUUACUCAGUGGCGCCAGGGAGGUAAUGAUUAUUCGGACUCAGAGUCUGAUUAA